UAUGUCAACGGCAAAUGUCAAUGUGAACGCCAAUGGAGAUUGCUCGGGAGGAUGGACAUGUGAACAUCGAUUGAAAGCAUUAUAUAACAUGGUGAAAUUCAGAGAAGCUGUAAAAGGUACUACUGUCCAUAACUGGUGGACAAACAAUGCUAACCAAAUUGCCUUUUCUCGUGGAUCUAAAGGAUUCGUAGCGAUAAAUGCUGAAACUAGCCAUAAUCUGGACGCUUAUUUACAGACAGGCCUUAGGGGAGGCAUGUAUUGUGACGUCAUAUCCGGUAGUCACAACGUUUGUUCAGGAAUACGAAUAGUGGUACGUUCGGAUGGAGUGGCUCGAAUUACAAUUCCUCAGAAUGCUCACUCUGCUGUGAUAGUUAUUCACGUCGAUACAAUGUAUACUGGGAAAUAACAAAAAAAAGGAAUUGCAGGGGUUGCAGGUAUUAACUGUUGGCC